AUGAAGUGGCUAAAGAAGAGAAAAUCGACCCCCAGCGAGCUGAAAAACGCUCCUUCUUGUACAAAAACAUUCGAUUCUGGCCUUGGCCGGACUGCUUCAACAUCUACUUAUGGCGAGAAUGAGUCAACAGCUGGAAGAGGGUUGAUAAAGUUGACCUCUGAGCUUUUCAUGGCUAUGGUUUCACAAAAAAAGGGCUUUCCGGAUCGAGAAAAAGUAGGUGAAAUCAUGGAAGAGAAUAUAAAACACUGGCUUUGCCGUUUGAUUCCAGCGCGGAAGAUGUUUGCCACAGCGCUGUUCUCAAGAAACAUGCUCAAAUCGUACUCAAUCCAAUCAAAUCGCCCCGCAAAUAGAAAAAUAGGCGAUCUUUUCGAAAAAAUUGUGAGCAAAAAAAAGUUUGACGAAUUAUCCGGCUCCCAACUCGAGCUGUGGGAGCUCAUUUUUGGCACCACCGGAAAUAUCGUCCUGGAACGAAGAAUGUAUCCAGAAGAGCGACCCUUGAUCCAUUCCGCUUUUCUCCGAUCCGUCAGCGGCUACGAGCGAAAAUUCGAACUGAAAGAGUCUCGCUUUAUCAAUGAAAUCUACGCUUCGCUUCCGACGUUGAUGAAGACUUCUCCGGAUCUUCAGCCGUUGGAAAAGACGAUAUCCGUUGCUGAGCCGGAACCGAAAUCGGUCGGUCUUGACCCGGUUUCUUCGCUGCAAACGGUUUCGGAGAGAGAUGAAUCGUCACUUUACUCGGACUUCGAUAGUGAUGAAGAGAUUGAAGUUGUUGAUCGAGGGACUUGGACUCUUCCAAAAGCCACGUGCGAUCAAAAUGUGCAGACCGAAGCAUCCGAUUUAGAUUUGACAUUUUCAUUUGGCGAAAUCAAGAGCGACUCGGAUCCCGACUCCGGCAUGCAGGAUUCAGAGGACGAUGUGAGCUUGUUUGCGAAAAUUGAGAAAAAGGCGAAAAAAAAAAUGACCAAAGAUACCGUCUCCAUCACUGGCCCAGUUAUCUUUAUCCUGAAAGCGCCCCAACCAACCCGAGCUUUUCUCCAACUCGAGUCCGGAAAAGACUUUACUCUUGGCUCCGGCGAAUCUGCUGAUGAAAAAUUCGAGUCCCUGGGAAAAGAGCACUUCAAAAUCUGCGGCGUGGAUCUCAUCAGAAGACUUGGAAACAACCAAGUUGCUGUUAAUGGCGUCCAAGUUUCCUCGACCGCGGUUCUUCGUCAUUCCGACAUGAUCACAUGCGCUGGCUACAAAAUGGUCUAUUUGAAUCCCGACUACGAUCCAAUCAAAGAAAACCAAAUCUGCGAAAACUCAAAUACCGAAUCUUGCGAAGAAGAAUUCUCGAAAAACUCGAAAAACACCGCCGAAAAACCGAAAAUUACCGCGAAAAUGAGCGCGGCCGAUACUCUUUGGCGCCGGCGACUGGAAGAAAAUGCGAAUAAAACGCUGGUCGAGAAGAAAGAAGUGGAGACUGAAAAUCCUGAUCGACCGGUGAUUCCGUUGACGGAUAAGGAGAUUCCGGAGAAGAGCAGGGCGAUUAAAUAUCAAAGUGGAAAGGAGUUCGAUAUUUUCCCUUCGGUCAUCAUCAAUCUCUGCCUCCUCCAUAGCCAGUCCCUUCAAACCGACGAGAAGGCAAUUUUCAUCGAAGCAGUCAAAACCUUGUUGAAAGAAAAAGAAACAGAGCUCGUCGGAAAAAUCGAAAAAUUCAAAACUGAAAAAGCCGGAGAAAAAACCGAGGCCGGAGCAAUCGGACAAAUGAUCGCUCGACUUCCAGUUCUGCAAGAGCUUUUUUACUGGUCGUCGAAUUCGGCCGAAAUCUCGAUUUUCUGGAAACGAGCGCUGUCGCUUCCAGAAUCAGAGAUUCUUCCCUUGACGAAUAUGACCACGAGAUUGGUUCAGAAGUGCGUCUCGCUGGCUUGCGACACGAUGGUCAAUCAUAUAGAAGAAUUGCUGACAAAGAGUCCUUUUGAAAUGAGUGUUCCUUAUGGAGUCAUUAGCGUUCUAGCAAAGGAUGGAACAUACACCGCGAUGACCGACACAAAACUGCCAAAAAGCCUCAUCAAAAGCGCAUUUAGAUAUCUUUUCACAAGAGUGGUAAAUCUGCUGAUGGAUCUGCUCACUGAAAACCCCUCGUAUUCCAAACUCGAGUGGUCUCUUGGCGUUCGCCUUCGCGGCAAUCUCGACAACUUGGCGAAAUGGGCCUCGUCCAAAGGGUUCGAAUCAGAGUUUCAAAAAGCGAAUACGAAAGUUUCCGAAGCGGCGGACUUGGUCGCUACACCUAGGGGACAGCUAGGCCAAAUUUGCUCGGCGGUGCAGUUGAGGAGAAGAUAUCCGAACUUGGGGGCUGGACAGAUGGCCAAGAUUCUCGCGAGAUUGAAUGAUACGGACACGGAAUUCGUCAAACCGAUUGCGCAGGAGCUGAACGAAUUGGCCUCCACACCAAUCAGUCGAUUCGGUUCAACAUUGAAAAACGAUUCAAAAGCUCAAAAAAUCUCGCUCUCUCCUCACGACAAGCCGCAAAUCAUGACUCUCCUCGACUCCGACGAAAUUCAGAGCUUCAUAAACAUCAUCACUUACAAAUUUGGGCCACCAAGAGCCGCUUGUUCCGAAGGAGUGACGAAAAAGAAACGAAUGCGAGCGAAAACGCCAAAGAUUGAAAUUCCAGUCUUUGAAGGGGGAGAAGAAGAAAGAGUUUCGAUUAGAGUGGAGAGCGAGAAUCAGAAACUAGGGUUGACGCUGACGUGUGGGCUCGAUACGUUGUUGAAGAAAAAGGGGGUGUUUGUCAGAUCGUUGGUUGAAAAUGGAGCGGCGGAGAAAGCGGGAAUGAAGAUUGGGGAUAGAAUUUUGAAUGUGAAUUACAGGGACAUCGAGAAUAUGGAGUACUCCAGUGCGAUAAAAGUCAUCAGAGACUCUGGAAAGACGCUAAAUUUGACGAUUUCGCGGCAAGUCGAAGCUGUUAAUCGCGAAAAACUGGCGGAAUUUAUUCUCAAUGACCUUAUUUAA